AUGGUAGAAGAUGGUAGGUAUGAGCAAUAUCCAUGGGGAAAAAUAGCAUUUUCAAAAUUGAUAAAAGGAAUGCGUCAGGAGUUUUCAAAUGCCAAACAAAUGUAUCGUCUAGGCGGCAUGCCAUACGCUCUGAAUGUUUGGAUAUAUGAAUGUGCAUCUCAAGUUCCCUCUGAAAUUGCUGUAAGAGUGGGUAAUAAAAUUCCCAGAAUUCUUAACUGGCGUGUUGUCGCCGUGAAGCCAAAAUUUGAGACCUUCAUGUCUACCAUCUUCAGUGAGUAUCCAUGCUCCAACAUUGUCCAAUCUCAACAUGAAAUAGACUCUAUUGUCAUUCAUGGCAGCCAACAGAAACCUGAAGCUUCAACAUCGGCUGCCAAGGUCAAUUUUAGAAAACCUCAUGAAGUCCCCGGAUUUGAGGACUUUUCAACAACACCACCCACAAAAUUAUUAAAGAGAUCCAGUCAUGUCGUUGAUACAUCUUCUCCACCUCCUUCCAGAAGAAUGAAGACUUCUCCUGCUAAAAAGCCAAUUCAAGUAGAAACAGCCAACAUGCACAAGGAUUUCAUACCACCAAAUGAAUCAGAAAAGCCUGUUUCUCCUAACAAUGUACCAGGGGCAAAGUCAGCUGUUGACCGGAAGUUCAAGCGUUUGGGGAAUAAAAUUGAUUCAAAUCACAUUGAUCUUUUGAAAGCCAUCGACAGUAUGGCGAACCGAAUGACUGGCACAUCAUCUCAAGUUAAAACAGAUGAUUUUGAUCAACCAUUCCAUGUGGUUGAACAACAAGAAGCACCUACUGGAUUGGAGUUGGACAAUAUAUCAGAACAAAGAAUUUCAGCAAAUGUUCCUGAAUUAUUUGAUCAACAGGUUUAUUUUGAUACAUUAAAGGAUGUAUCAGCACACCAAAUGGAACCACAAAGAUCAGAUACUGAUCAGCUUAUUGCUGAUUCUAAUACAUUACAGAACACUGGAAAGAAAGAUGGAAGAGUAGCCGAUGAUAAAACUGACAAAGUAGAAGAACAAGUUGAGGAGAUUGAAAAAGAAAAAAUCAAACCAAGCACAUCAGAAUCCAAUACUUCAGCACCAUUUUUGACCAAAACUCUGGAUGUGAUAGAUGCUCUAAUAUACGGACUUCCAUUACCAGCCAUGUCAUUGACAACUGUUAGUCAUGAGCAAGUUCAGGAUGAAUGUCUAUUACGCGAUAGCCAGCUACCAACCACUCUUCCAUUAAAAGCCAAUGUAUUGUCUGACGAUGCGAAGACACCAUUUCGAAGAAGCAGGAUUCCUUCGAAGAUCUUACAGUCGCCGUAUCUUUCAAACUUUGGGUCGAGUGAAAAGGGAAAGGAAAAUUUGUCAGCUGUUAUGCAUCAGACACACCCUUUUGAAGGUUUUGGUAUAUGCUAUCAUCCCCCAUCCGAGCUUGUCACAGACUACUCUCAAUGGAUAGAUAAAGGACUACUAAAAUCACAUGGCAACAAGAAUUCGAAGGAUGAUCAUUACAGAUCUAAGUGCUCUUCAUUCGGCUUUGAAAAAAUGGACUUUGUAGUGGCAUUUUCUAAAGAUAAGAACUGGUUCUACCUAAUGUCACAGCCGAACAGAUGCUGGAACGAUGAGAAAUCGAAGAUGCAGUUGAGCAAUCAGUAUCGAUACACAAUGACAAACUGCAUUUUCAAAAUUUACAUCGAAUAUGCACACACACGCUACUAUCACCUUCCACCUAACAUUUCUACACAAGAAGAUAUGGCAAGGGCCACUGUUACAGCUCAUCACAAGAGAUCCGUGAAGAACAUAAUGAGAGGUUUCUCAAUACCAGCCGGUUUGCCCUGGCAUUUGGUAGAUGAGGUAUACAUUCUAGUAAACUGCGACAGGGAUUUUCAUUGGGUUUUUGUGGUAGUUGUGUUGAAAGAGAGGUUGAUACAUGUGUAUGAUUCAUCGCCUAGACGAAGAAGUAGCAACCCUUCUCUAGAGAUCCAAAAGAUAGCAGCCAUGCUACCAACAUACCUGCAAGACAGUGGUUUCUUUGACAACAAUGAACGUACUGAUUGGUCGUCUCUUGAUUCAUACAAGGACAAAUCAACUGGUAACAUGAUUGAACCACAUCACCCAUUUGCAGUUGAGUAUGUUGAAGGAAUUGUGCAACAGGGAAGUGACAGCUUGGAUUGUGGAGUUUUCCUGGCCAUUUUUGCUGAAUAUCUUAAUGAUGGAAUUUCUAUUCCAAAUACCGAACUAAAUGUUGAAUUCUUCCGUUCACGAUAUGCUGCACUCUUAUGGAGAUAUGGUUGUCAGAAGGCCAUGGAUGGUUAUGUUAGCGAUAACGACGAUCCAAAAAAACCUAGGAGAGACAUCUCUCCAAGCCAAGAAGAACUGAUUGAUGUCCAAUAG